AUGACAAAUAGUACGACGGCAACGGCAUUGCAUCCAUUAGUCCAGUGGGCUCAGCGUGAUAAAUUACUUUAUUUGACUGUUGAAAUUGAUAAUGUGGCCGAUCUCCAAAUCACUGAAAAUUCUCUUCAUGUCAAGGGCACACAUGGUGGUAGCAAGGCUCUUUACGAAGCAAAUUUGGAUUUUUAUGCGGGAGUAAAGACAGACUACCGUAAAAUUGCUAACGACAGACAUUUGGAAUUGGUUAUUAACAAGGAAACACCAAACUGGUGGCCACGAUUAUCGAAGAGUACUGCUAAGCUCCCAUGGGUGAAGGUUGAUUUCAAUAAGUGGAAGGAUGAAGACGAGGAUGAGGAUGAUAUGAAUGGUGGUGAUCUCGAUUUCCAAAAUUAUAUGUCGAAGCUGGGAGCAGGUGGUGCAGGUGCGCCAAAUCUGGAUGAUUUUGAUGAUGAUGACGACGAUAAAGAUGAUGAUGACGAUAUGCCAGUCUUAGAAGAUGCUGGUGAUAAGGACAAUGUUGACGAUGACGGAGCAAACACAGGAGCUGCAACAGAAGAAGAAAAGAAAGAUAAGGUUGAAGCAGGUGAUAAGAAAGAAGGAGUUGUAGAACAUUCAUAA